UCCAGCUCUUGCAGCAGCGUCGGUAGCAGCGUCAAGUGCCAGGACCAUGGGAAGCAGGGUAGAGGGCGAGAAGACCCGGGUAGACAGUCCGUGCGGCGGUCCAGGCGGGUCUCUCUGAAUCGGAUCCAGCGCUGGCUAAAGAAGCGGGUUCCCUUCGCGCGGAUAUGGAGACGAAACGGAAGGAGCCGCGCAAAUCGUUGAGGAUUAAAGUCAUCUCCAUGGGCAACGCGGAGGUUGGCAAGAGCUGUAUUAUAAAGCGAUACUGUGAAAAAAGAUUUGUGCCCAAGUACCUUGCAACAAUUGGCAUUGAUUAUGGCGUCACCAAAGUGCAGGUUCGGGACAGAGAAAUUAAGGUGAACAUCUUUGACAUGGCUGGGCACCCCUUCUUCUAUGAGGUGCGCAAUGAGUUUUAUAAAGACACCCAGGGGGUGAUCCUAGUGUACGACGUUGGGCAGAAGGACUCGUUUGAUGCUCUUGACUCAUGGCUUGCUGAAAUGAAACAGGAACUUGGACCACAUGGAAACAUGGAAAACAUUGUGUUUGUGGUGUGUGCCAACAAGAUUGAUUGUACUAAGCUCCGUUCUGUCGAUGAGAGUGAAGGACGACUGUGGGCAGAAAGCAGGGGCUUCCUUUACUUUGAGACCUCAGCGCAGUCUGGAGAGGGAAUCAACGAAAUGUUCCAGACCUUCUACUCUGCUAUUGUUGAUUUGUGUGACAAUGGUGGGAAACGGCCCACAGCCAGCAUGAGCAUCAGUUUUACCAAAGAGCAAGCAGACACCAUCCGGAGGAUCCGCAGCAGCAAGGACAGCUGGGACAUGCUGGGUGUCAAGCCGGGGGCUACAAGGGAUGAGGUGAACAAAGCCUAUCGAAAGCUGGCAGUGCUGCUCCAUCCAGACAAAUGCAUGGCCCCAGGCAGUGAGGAUGCCUUCAAAGCUGUUGUCAAUGCACGGACUGCUUUGCUCAAAAACAUCAAGUGAAGCGGGAAGAGGCUUUCCCAAGAGUUGGUGAUCCUUUGGAGAAGGAUACGUCUCUUCCUGCAGAUCUUCCUGCUCAGACAAUUAGGGCCGACUCCUGUGUGCGUGAAGACAGUAAGGAACAAGUAGGGGCACUUCCCCUUCUCCACGUGCACCUUGCUCAUCCAAAAAAUGUUCCUCCACUUCAGCAAUCAGCUUGGAGCGGACCGCACCUCUGUGAUGGAUUCCUGAAUGCCCUGGCAGCUAUAAUGUAUUUUCUUUUCCCUUGCAGAGAAAUUUGCCUUGGAUUGGGCCAAUUCUGAAAUAGAGGAAACAUCUGUGAACAGGUUUCUUCCUGUGGCAUCUCUGUGUUUUGUCAUCCCAAACUUGAUAAUCUAAAGUUUAGCCUGAUCUGACUUACCACAGUUCUGCUGUCUCUUGACCCUGUUAUCUGACAACUUGCCUUUCCAUUUGAAUUGCCUUUUGGGACCUCUUCCUCAAUGAUUGGCCAGCAUCUGCAUUCACAGGUGUCAAACUCGUGGCCCUCCAGAUGUUAUGCUGGCCAGGGGAUGAUGGGAACUGUAGUCCAUAACAUCUGGAGGGCCAUGAAUGACACCUAGUGUAUAUUCUGACUGACAGUGGCCCUUUCUUAACAAUUGUGGGCUCUUAUUUGCAUUUCUGUGGAUAAGAAAACCUGGCAGCAAGGACUGGAUCUCUGGAAGCUAUCGUAGCUUGUAAGUGUAUAGUAUAGCAUGUCAAAAAGCAGACUGCCCAAUUCAUGGUUUUGAUUUGUUCAGCCCUAGGAUAUUCUGUGCUGUGUGUUAUCUUUGCUUUGCUGAAGCACAGAAUAUCCAGAAAUACUGAUCUUUUUCUUUCCCCACAUUAGAGUUACCAUACCAAGGUUUACCAAGCACUUGAUUUCUCUCCCAAAUUUCCUAAUGUAAACCAGGUACUGGUCCUCAGCAGAUAAAGAAACCUUGUUCAGCUUGAAUUCAAAAAGCUACUUGAGUUCAGCGAGGUACUAUUUGGAAUCUCUCUGGUUGCAUAUUAAUGUCUCUCUCAAGUCUAAAAUUGCAGGAAAUAUGCUUUCCAAUAAUUUCAUACAGUUUUGUGUUAUUUUUCUUGAACAUCCUGGGAAACAGGGUAAAUAGUAGAAAAGCAGUGCUUCCCAAGUACAUCCUGAAGUUGGGGUGGUCUGCAGGAACAGGACGGACUUCCGGCCUACUCCCUCACUUGUCUGCACCGCAGCCUCUGUUGUAAAUGAAAUCCUCUACUGGAGUUUCUUUGACACAAGCUGUAGUCCCUGAAAAUAGGUAGGGGUUAUUUACAGUGGAUAUAAAUGUCUGGAAUUUUGGGACAGUGUGGUGGAUGUGGCAUUCCCACAGUGUUUUGUGAUACUGCUAACACCCUCUCUGAUGGUUGCUGUUGGUAAGAUUUCACCCUGUGGCUCAAUAAAAAGGAAGCAAGUAUACUGCAAACAGGUGGGUGGGUUGGGUUAUCUGAAGUGCCAAAAGAACUCUCCUCAAGCCUGGGAGAGGAGUGAGCAGUCCCAGCUCUGACAAAUCUUUCGACCUUAUUAGGGGUUAAUUCCUAUGUAUGAAUACAUGUGUAAUUAUAUUACAAUGGACUGGUCACAUGAUUUUUUCCAAAAGCCAGUAUAAUAUAGUGAUUUUGGGAAAUGUGUGUGUGUGUGCCUGGCUGGCUGGCUGGCAACUUGGUUUGUCAAUGGGAUGCUUGGGGCGGCAUCUUGGCCAUCCUUCCAUUCUCUCAUUGUCUGCUUGCACACAAAUGAAAACAUACUGUGGGGUGGGGGGUGUCACUCUCUUCUUUGUCUUGCACUUUUAUUUGUUUCCUUUUCUCCCACUCCCUAAGAGAGUUAAUGGAUACCUGAGGAGAGAGGAGUUGGGAGCUGUGUGUGUAUUGGGGCAUAUGCUGUUUUUUAGAGGGCAAGAUUGAAUUUGCUGCAUCUCCCCAUAUAAGUACCCAUGAAGUGACCUUUGUAGCUGCACGUUUCAUGCAUCAUUUUAAGCAUAAUCAGGAGACCACCAAACAUUAUAUGUCAGGAGAGGGCCAAGAUUUUCUCUUUGCAGCCCUGCUGCUUUGAGAUGGGUGGAGAGGAGCCCUGUAGGGUUGCACAUACGAGCAAGUGUUACUCCUGCAAUGCAAAUCAUUUAGGGUUUUGGUAAAAAUGAUCUGGAGAGAGAGAGAGAGAGAGCUCUCCUGCCACCCAGAAACAAAUCUCUGCAGUGUAUAUAUAAAUACAUGUCGAUCCAGGUGUGCACUUUAAACACUGAUCUCCUGUCUCUUUGCCCUUUGGGCAGUGGUUUUUAUGCCUGUAAAUGCCAGCCCAUCCCUAACAGCAUUUCCCCACCUCACUUUCCCUUGAAACUGAAGCUUGGUCUUCAGACUACAGUGAAUGCCUUGUAUUGUACAAUCCCUGUGACUUGAUGGGUUGCUGUGAGUUUUGCAUUUGCACUUUUUUGCCUGGUGUGUUGUGCAUAUUCUGUUGCCUCGAUGAGCUCUGCCUUCUCCUUGGGACCCACAGAUGUUACCUGCUAUGGUGCUUUUUCCUUCUGGAAGACCCCUCCCCUGCUCAUUCUCUGUGCUGUUGCAGCUUUUGAAUCCCUGCUACCCAGAUGUGUUGGAGGCCACUUCAGCCCUCACUGGUCAUCCCGUUUGUCAUUCAUGAGAAGGACUGCCACCGGACCAGAGUGGGUUCUGCAGUCCCUGUGCUUGGCUUCCCACUGCAAUUGAAGGGCUGCCCCGGGGAAAUGGUGCCAGUAAAACAGACUGUGGAUGUCUCUGGCAAUUCUCUAUUCGGCCAAUUCUCCCCCUACCCUCAAAAGUUGUGUACUUAAGAGUAGAAAAGGACAAUCAUGACAGCCCAGGAAACUUUAAACUGACCAGGUUGGGGGGAGGGGGGAUUAAAGUUGGUAUCUUCCCUUAUGCAAAUGAGAAUUUGAUUUUUCCUUGGUUCUGUAGUCAGAUUCCCUUUUCUCAUUACCAUUUUGAUUCCACAUGUCCAGGCUUUGCAGUUUCACUCAUGCAAUCCUAUUGAAGCCGCAAACGUAUGCGUGCACUGCUAUUCUCCAUUUGCAGAACGCAUUGCAGUCCUGAUCUGAGACAUGAGGGUUACUCGGUUGAUGGCAAAACCAAACUGCAAUGUGAAAAGAUGAAAGCAUCAGUUAUUUUGACACUAAUAUAGCCAGGCUUGCUCUGACCCUGUGAUUGUGUCUGCAUAGCAGCUCAUUGUGCCCUGAGUUUCAUGCUUGCAUGCUAAGCCAGACAUGUGCAAAGCCAGUGGAAGAGGAACUUGUCCAAUGCAGAUCAUUUCUUUUGGGUGCUGUUGCAGCUCUUGCUUCAGCUGUGCAACCUGCAUAGCCAGGGGUUGGGCAGGUAGAGAACAGGGAGCCUGCAUGAGAUGGGGGCUUCAGUGGAAGCGGAUGGCUGGGACGAGAUGAAAGGUAGUUCUGCAUCUGUCCCUUCCAAGAGCUUUGAGUGCCAAUGGCCUUGCAAGAGAAUCUCCAGACAGCAUUUUGGUGGAAAAUUUCCUCUGCAAAGGCAGGCUUUGCUUUUGAAAGAGCAAAAAGUGCUUUAGCAGGAGGACAGCUAAGCUCGGAGCCACAAAGGCCGAAAUCUUGUUAUGAAGCUCUCUCUUUUUUUUUUUGCCAUGCAGAGAGACUCCCUCCGCCUUCUUCGUGUGCAGCUACAUAUGGAUUUGAUUGCACUGUAUUUAAACUUAGUGCUACUUAACCCAAAUGCUGCUCACUACUCAUCAGUCAAACGUAUAGAUGAACCUGAUGUGAGCUGCUGGGAAACACAUAAAUGAUGACACUUGCAUGGUCUUGUAUAGAAAACCUUAUGUUCUUUUGAAGUUAUGUAUUUUUUUACCAAAUUAAAUCUGAUUUAAACCUCA